AUGACAUACAUCCUAAUCAUAACCAUCAUCCUUAUCAUAUUGAAAGAUAUUCGAACCGAGAAACGAGACUCAUUCUACGAUGUGAAAGGAAUUAGACCGGUGUCAAUACGUCCAAAUACUGCAACGCUCGUUCAGCUGUGUACCAUCCGAGUUGUAUGGCAGUGGCAGUGGCGUUCAGCGACAUGGCUACCGCAGCCAUCACUUGAAGUGUUCAGUGCACGCGCAAAAUUCAAACCGGAAAGGUCGGAAGAAGUCGGAGGAAAACAGUCAUUUGGUACAUUCCAUUUACUAGGAAUCGUUCUAGAAGAUGUACAGACUCUCCAGGACAGAGACGAAACGAAAAACGCCUUCAGCUGGGCCUGGCUCUUGGCCUCUAGAAAACUUGCAAGCAGUUGA